AUGAAGCUCCCAUCCACGACCCUGGCUCUAGCCGUGGCGCAGCUCGUCACCCUCGCCUUGGGUGCUCCCAUGAUCGGAGAAGAGACAUCCACACCCCUCGAUGUGCAACAAUUGCAAGUCCACACCCAAGAGCGGAUUGACGCGUCGUCCAUCCCCUCGCGUUACCAAUCCACCCUCCUCGCGCGCCGCCUCCUCCACCUCUCCUCCCACGGCGACCUGAUCACCGUGUUCCCUGCGGCGGGGAACCUCUCCUCGCGCAUCCCCCCCUCGGUGGCGUCCACCCCGAUCGGCCUCCCAGAAUACAUAGCCACCUGCGAAGAAGAGUCGGGGCAUGCAGCCGACCCGACCAUCCUCUCGCUCAAGAUCUCCACGGCGACCCGCAACGCCGAGGCCGGCUCCAACGCCACGCUCUCCCUGAGCUGGUGGGACGAGUACAUCCACCGGACGGGCCGGGCGCCGUUUGCGCCGGCGAACCUCCCCCGCCUCAGUCUGACGGGAUACCUCGAAGAGAUUCGGGACGAGGAUAGUCCCGCGCGGGUGCUGGAAAGUUGCUUCCUCAAGAAACACAGGGACAGCGUCAUGUGGUUGCCCGGGCGGAAGUGGGCGGCCCAUGAGGGCGUGUGGACCCGGCUCGUCGUCCAGGAGGCUUAUUGGAUCGGUGGUUUCGGUGACAAGAAUUACAUUGGCUGGCUGGAUCCCGAGGAGUGGAGGGCCGUGCGGAGGGAGGAGUGGGAGGAUGUGAGGCUGCCUGGGGAGAAGGAAUAG